CUGCUCGGCCGGGAGCAGUGCUGUAGAAGGCGGCUGGCGGUAGCGGCAUGGCGCGCGAGGCGAGCGUGGUGACGAGAGCAACCCGAACAGAGCAGCCGCUUGACCUCGUCCGAGUCGGCUCCACCUCGCGCUCACGAACCGCCGCAAGCUUCGCCUGGAGCGCAGCCUUCGCGCACAAGGGCCAUGCCUUCAGCCCGCACCAACUCGCCCUUGCGCCCACGCUCUCCCGCCCACCCAGACCUCGAGCUCGGCACCCUCGUUCGACCUCGUCCUGCGCACCUCGGCAUCGACGACGACGAGAUCGACGUCCUCCCCGCCGUGCACCAACGCGACCACCAUUCGACCCACAACACCCUCCUCGCCGACUACUCGACCGACGACGACCCGCCAAAGACCCCCGACGACGCCGACGACAAGCACGGCGCUCGCGCCCGGGUCGACGAGCUGCCGGCCUACACGCACGCGCGAGACGGUUCGGGUGCGGCUAGGCGCUCGAGUUGGCUCGGCAGGGUCGGGAGGUGGUCGCGCACGCGCAAGGGCAGCCCACACGGCAGCGUCGACGCCUCGAGCGGCGACGGCAGCACCGCCGCCUCGCCCAGGCUGCCCGACGGCGUCCGCCUCGCCGCCGUCACGCCCUCGGAUCGCCUCGUCGACACGCUCCUCGUGCGCCUCAAGGCCCGCCGCCCUCGACUCGGCCGUGCCCUCCUGUGGGUGCGCGGCCCGUCGCCGGCUCACAUCGAGACGACCCUCCCUCCCUUCCCCCUCCCGAUCCUCGGCCCGUUCCUCCGCCGCCUCGAGCUGUACUGCACCGCCAGGCUCAUGCCGAUUCAGCGUCGCCGCCAAGUCGUCACCCCCGUCUUCCUCCUCGCGUGGCUCCUCGGGUUCGCCUUCCUCGUCCGCGCGUCCUUCUUCACGUCGUCGACCAACGAGGGCACGCCGACCUGGACCGACUCGACCACGUCGUACUGGAACGCCAACGACGGCUGCGGCAUCAACGGCACCGAGUGCGAGCCCUUUGCCGACUACAGCUACGUGUUCCGGUGCCCGUCCCAGGUCCUCGACACGCAGCUCCUCAACCAGCGCACGGUCGGCAUCGAGUCGGUCAUCUACGAGCCCCUCGUCGUCGGCGGCGGCGACGACCUCGGCACGUACCGCGGCGACAGCUGGAUCUGCGCGGCGGCGAUCCACCACGGCCUGUUCGGCGACCGCAAAGGCGGCUGCGGCGAGGUCGAGCUCGUCGGCGAGUUCACGGGCUUCGUCGGCGUCGAGCGCAACGGCGUCAAGAGCGUCGGGUUCCCGUCGACGUUCCCGAGGAGCUACCGCUUUGUCGAGGGCGUCGACCAAGGCGGGUGCCAGGACCUGCGCGACGAGAUCCUCGGCUUCGACGUUGCCAUGAGCACCAUCUUCUCGCCGUCGCCCCCGACCUUCUUCUGGGUGCUCCUCUGCAUGGGCGCCUGGCACGUCGUCCUCGUCAGCGACCCGUCCGCGAUGCCGCCGUCGCUCGAGACGGCGUUCGAGCACUUCCUCCCCGUCCUGUUCGUCGGCGACGCCUUCUGGCGGUACUGCUGGAGGUGGGUCGCGCCCGCGUUCGAAAAUGCCGGCUACGUCAUCGAGCGCACCGUGUGGUACCUCGCCGGCUACUGGUUCGGCCUUUUGAUCAACAUCUCGCUCGACUGGAUUCCUCUCGACCGCCUCACGCCUCACGACAUCCAGCAACGCCCGGGCGGCCUCGUCGCCGUCAUCGUCCUCGUCCUGGUCCUGGUCGCCGUCAUCGUCAACCAGCUGCGCGUCAUCCGGCGCACCGGCUGGUUCUUCUUCUACCUCAAGUGGUACGCCGUCGGCGGCGUCAUCUGCGGUAUUCUCGCCGCCCUGCCCGGGCUCGAGUUUCGCCUGCACCACUACAUCGUCGGCAUCGUCCUCAUGCCAGGCACCGCCUUUGUCACGCGCCCGUCGGCCAUCUUUCAGGGGUUCCUCCUCGGCAUGUUUCUCGACGGCGCCAUGCGGUGGGGCAUGGACUCGAUCCUGCAGUCGCCCUCGUCGCUCGUCGGCGACGGCGCUCUCGGCACAGCGCUCCCCGUCUUCCUCACCAACUCGACUCGUCGCCUCGACCUGUCGGACGACGUCGUUCGGUGGAUGGGCGUCGACGAGGCCGGUGUCACGAGCGAGGGCUGGAACGGGUUUGCGCUCCUCGUCGACGACGUCCUCAAGCAGACCGGCGCAGCGACCAACUUCUCGCUCGCCGGGCUCGACUCGGGCGUCGUCCACUAUUUCCGUCUCGCGUACCAGCAGGAUGGCACCUCGGGCGACUUUACCAAAGCCGCGACCGCCUUCCUCGCCAACUCGACCUGGAUCGACCCGGCCGACGGCCCCUCAUAGAGCCCUCGCCCGCACUCUUUGCGUCGUCGGACUCGUGUCCGUCGCACGGCCUCCUCCGCCUGUUGUUCCUACCGCCGCCGUCGUCCCUCCCUCCCUGUUCCACUCUUGCUCGUAGACACUCGCGUUCCUUGUUGUCCCGCGUACUCGUAGCCGCCCCGGACGUGUACUGCACAGCUCGCAAAAUC